UUGUGUGAAUAAAAAAAAAGUGCCUUUAGGUAAUUGCCGAUUUAUCGAAAAAAAAUGGGUGAUUUAGUUCAACAAGCCGUUUUAAAUGCCGAAGAAGAAAUUGAAAUAGCAGCACAACGACACAGACCUCCGCGUUUUCAGAUCCAUUUCAACUGCUUUCUGAUGCAGUAUUUUUAAAGAUGUACCGGAUGACAAAAGAAUUAGCACAAAAUAUCAUUGACUUGGUGGACCCCUACAUUGUACCACAAACGAGGUGCUCUGCAUUGGACACAUCAGUAAAAGUCUUAACAGCACUUAGAUUUUUUGCUUCGGGCAGCUACCAGCUUGACAUUGGUAAAAAUGUGAAUAGUGCUGUCAGUCAGGCUUCCACAAGUCGGUGCAUCAAUGAAGUCGUUGAGGCUCUAAAUCAACCCCAAAUUUUUGAUGAGUGGGUUAAAUUUCCCCAAAAUUUUAGAGAACUUAAUAAUAUACGAAAUGAGUUUUAUCAGCGAUACCAGUUUCCGGGGGUCAUUGGUUGUGUAGAUUGCACACAUGUUGCAAUUGUACCUCCAAAAUCAAAUGACGCAGUGUAUCCAGAACAUACUUAUGUGAACAGAAAAAAUUAUCACUCCAUAAAUGUUCAAUUGGUAUGUGACGCUAACCUGCGCAUUUUGAAUGUAAAUGCAAGAUAUCCUGGAAGCACCCAUGAUAGUUUUAUAUGGAACAAUAGCAACGUGCUAGACUUCCUACAAAACUUGCAUACUCGAGGUCAUUCGACUUAUUAUGUUUUAGGUGAUUCAGGAUAUGCUCUUAGGCCAUGGCUCAUGACGCCAAUUCAAAAUGCCGUCCCAAAUACCCCUGAAGGUAGAUACAACGAGUCGCAGAAAAGGACACGAUCUAUAAUCGAAAGGUGUAAUGGUGUCUUGAAAAUGAGGUUUAGGUGUUUGCUUAAACACAGAGUGUUGCAUUACCACCCCGAAAAAGCGGGAAAAAUAAUCAAGGCCUGUGUAGUAUUGCACAAUAUGUGCAUUGCUAAUAAUGUAGAAGAACCAGAAGACAACGAUGAGGUAGAAGUGGAUUUUGGUAUGAAUGUCAAUGAUGAGCUAAUUGCACAUAACGAGCAAGUCAACCCGCAACUUGCUGCAGGGCGCACAAUCAAAGCAUCAUCUAGGCCGUAUGAACUUAUCUACGACUGUACGCAAAUACGUCGCAUGCGAAAUUGUAUUCGUCUAGCGCUCAAGAAUACAGAGCGUGCGACUUUCAUCUUUCGCAUGCGAAAUCACCAUGCGACGAUUUUCGUAUACGACUUGAAGUCGCAUGAGUUCAAGAAUAGGGCCCCAGUCAACUUCAAGUACUGUUUGAAGUUCUCGUACAAAAGUCUCGGUAAAGUAACAUGCAACAUUAAUCCUCAAGAUCACGAUUAUUUUGUUCGAGACCUUGUGGAUGUUUCCCAAAGGUGUGACGAAUUUGGGGAUUUUAGAAUGCUUAGUUUAAUUGCUCAAUAUGUUUACAGUAGUUUGACGACAGUUAAACAGAAUACGAUGAAUCAGAAACCAUUACAAUAUAACUGA